AGGAGCAAGUAGCAGGAGCUUGCGAAGCAGAUUAGAAAAUUGAUUGUUUCGUUUGAACAGAAAAUGAAAUAAUUAUACUAAAUGUAGUAUAUUUUUUAAUUAAAUGCAUAAAAUUUAUUAGUAAGCAAUUUUUACUACUGAAACUAUGUGGGGAACUCUUAGUACAUAUCUUGAGAAUCCUAUCAGAGACCAAUCGGUAUCUGAUAAUUUUAGGUUUCAAGACUAAGAUUUCCUAGUUGGAGCAAAAAUCUAAUCUUGAGUAAGCUGGAGUAAUGAUCUAUUAAAAAGUUGGAGAUAGCUCGGUUAUUUAACUAACUUUGGAGAAAAUGUCUAUUAUUAUUCGUCUUCAAAAUCUACCCUUGUCUGCUAAAUCUGGAGAUAUUCGUCAAUUCUUUGGAGGUCUCCGCAUACCAAAUGGCGGUGUGCAUAUUGUUGGUGGUGAAAAGGGGGAUGCUUUUAUAGCUUUUGAAUCUGACGAAGAUGCUCGUCUUGCCAUGCGAAAAGAUGGCAGUAAAUUGAUGGGUUCUCGAGUCAAGUUAUAUUUAAGUAGCUAUAUGGAAAUGCAGCAUGAAAUUGACAGAAUAACAAAAGAAUAUCUUGAGGAACCUAAUAGGUUAUCCCCUCAUGAAAGAUUAAGAAGAAGAAGUCCUCUACAUGUGCGUGAACGAAGUGCUGAUAACAUUAAGCACUAUGGAUCUAAUUCUCCGAUGAGAAGCAGAAGUACCUACUAUCCUGAAAGAGGACUUUCUGUUCAUUCCAGAAGAUCACCAAGACGAAGAUCCAGGUCUCCAAGAUUUAGAUUCAGAUCUCCAAGAUUUAGAUCCAGGUCACCAAGAAUGAGAUCCAAGUCACCCAGACUAAGAAGUCGAUCCCCAAGAAUCAGAUCAAGAUCGCCCAGAAAAAGAUCCAGAUCACCUUAUAUUCAUGCUUCUGAAAGAUCAAGAUCUCCGCUCUCUCGAAGAUCAAUUUCACCUUUACCAAAACUUGCUUCUCAUCGUAGAAGUAGAUCGAUUUCUCCUCAUAGAAAGGAAUUCCCUGGAUACAAAUAUUCAUUUUAUGAAUUUGAAAAUAGUGGUGAUCGAAAUUCAUACCAAAAAGAGCGAAUUUCAAGGCAUGAUGAAUAUUUUAAAAGAGGAAAUACUUCUAGAGAAUUUACAAAUGCUUCUGAUUGGAUUAAGAAAGAUUUAUUAAAAGAAGAACAAGCACAACUAGAAAAAAGAAUUACUGAAGUUCUAAAAACAGGCCUUGAUGCUAUAAAGAAACAUGAUUCUUUCCACAGUAUGCCCAACACUGCAGAUGUUUCAUAUUCUACUCCAAGUUCUUACACCAAUCUUGUUCCUGAAGGAAGAUUACAAGACAGCAUCCAUCCAUAUUUAGUAGCAAAUGUAAAUAUUAAUAAAGACACUCUUCCAACAAACUCAUUUCCACCACCUAAUAUUGAUUAUAUUAAGUCUCAGAAUAUGAGUGUGAACAAUGAACAAUUUCUAAAUCCAUUACCACCUAUUGUUCCCAAUACAUCUGUGCCACCUCCUCCUCUACACAUGACAGCUCUACCAUCAAUGAAUGUACCACCACCAAUGCAAAUGCCAGUUGUACCUCCUGCUGUUCCUGUAUCAAAUCUUCCUCCACCUGCACCUGUGCCAGCAAUGCCACCACCAUUAUCCGAUCCUCCAGUGGAUGUAGCUAUACUUUGUCCAGGAUUUUUUAUUACAGUAUCUGGUUUAGAUCCUAAAUGGAAUUUCAAGGAAGUUCAACAAAUGCUGAAAGGUACAUUUGUACCUGUAAGUAAUAUCAAAUGGGAGAUAGAUGAUCUUGGUUUAAAAACUGGUACAGCUUUUAUAAAAUUGACAAUUCGAGAAGAUUUUAAUCAUAUUCUACAUCAUGCAACAUAUGUUUACAAUGGUCGAUUAAUCACAGUUAGUGAAUGUCCUAGUCAUGUUGUGCACCGUUAUUUUUUACCAGAAUGGCCUUCUAAAGGACCGAUUGAUACACCACAAACUAAUUUUUAUUAUUAUAGAUUAAAAGGAUUACCUUAUAGCGUUACUUAUGAUGAUAUAAUACAGUUUUUCCAAGGUCUAGAUAUUGUUGAUAUAUAUAUUGAACAUGAAAACGAAAUAGCAACUGGAAUAGGUUAUGUUGGUUUUGGUAAUGUGCAAGAUUAUCAAGACGCUUUAAAAAUGAAUGGAAAGAAUAUUGGUCGGAGAUUUAUACAUAUGAUGGCUAGUUGUAAAAAAUCAAUGCUUAAAUUGAAAAAGAGACGAGGUGAUCUUUUGAGUCAAUCCAAGAUUUUGAUCCCAUCUGUUGUUCCACAAAGUAAUCCUACAUCAGAUAUUAGUCUGCCUUCCCAAAGGCGACCUCUUUGUACACUAUUAACUGGUUUACCUCAGGAUAUAACACCAAUUAGAAUUAGAAAUUUCUUCAAGAGUGCUGGGCCCACACCUGAUGCUAUUCAUGUCACUUUAAAUGACAAAGGACGGCCAAACUGUCGAGCAUAUGCAGAAUUCAAUAGAGUUCAAGACUUUGAUGCUGCCUUAAAAUGCCAUGGAACAAAUCUCGAUGGAAAAAUCAUCUGUGUGAAGCAAAUAUUGUUUGAUGAAAUGGAAAAAAUUUUAAGUACUCAAAGAGCAAUACGUUUCGUUGAAGAACUUCCUACUUCAAAUGUACCAGAUAAAAUGCCCUAUUUGUGGCAGUCUCCAAAUAGCCGAAACUCACCUGUGAACUUCCCUUUGCCAGAUAAUAAUUACAGAAGAAUGUUGAUUGGUCCUGAAACUACUUUAAAUAGACCUGAUGUUCAAGUGUUUGAAUAUGGUAAUCAAUCUAGAGAACCCACAGCAAUUCAAGGUAAUAUGCAGUAUGAACCAGAUAAUUCAUUUCAUUUGCAACGGAGACAACAUCGAGAUUCCAGUCCAUUUCAAAGUGAAAAGUGGCCUUUAUCCAACUCUUCUUUAGAUAUUAGAGGGAGAGAUGAUUUAUUCAGCUCUCCUAAACAGAUAAAUUCUGAGGACUUUAUUGGUAGCAGACUUACUAUAAAAGUGGAAGAUUUUGAGUCAAACAGAAAUCCUGUGAAAUUUGAAAUGAAAACAAAACAGCCAAUGCCAAAGAAAAGUGAAUUAAGUGAGGCAUUUGAUAGAUCUCUAAAGCCUGAAUUCAAGAAAAAGCUUACCAAGUUAUCCCCAGAAAGGCCAUCUGUUCAAGAAAUCAAAACCACUUCUAACAAAAAUGACAAUUUUAAGGAGAAGAGGUCAGAAAGCUGUAGUAAAGUCUCGUCAGAUAGAAAUAUACAAAAAAGAGAUGGGAAGAAGUCCCCUGACGUUUUUGAUUCAUUCAAGGUAAGAAGUGAAAGUGAUGCUGGUAGAAACAGUAAAUCUGAUCCCAAAUAUAAAGGUAAAAUUAAUGAAAGAAGACGAGAUGAUUUUUCAUAUAAAAAUUAUCCUAGAAGUCCAUCUCCUGCCAGACGUUCAAGCAAUCGGCAUUCUCGAUCUCAAUCUCCUUACAACCGUGACAGAUACAUGUCUGAUCCCUGUUUAUUAGCUGACAGAGAUGAAGCUGUAGUGCAAAUCAGCAAUGUGGAUCCUAUUGUUGAAGGCCCAGAACUUGCAGAUUUUCUUCGAGGGUUUGAUGUUAACCAUGAUAAAAUAAUUCGAAGAAUCGAUCGUGGUAAACCAGCAUGGGAUAUCCGUGUCACUUUUCGGAGUUAUAGAGAGGCAGAAAGAGCUAUUCGGUUUUUAAACGGAAGCUACUUAAAUGGUAUACCUGUGAAUAUGUUUUUUGUUGAUUAGACUGAAUUGUUUAAAAAUUUUCAUUUUAUGUUAAUAAUCUUUUUCAUGGAAAGUACCCAUUUUGAAUUUCUCAUUCUUACAUACUUACAUUUUUUUUUGUUAUUGUUUUUAUGUAUUUAAAUGCAAUAAACAAAUUUUCCAUCAGUAAUGAAAGAAUCU